AUGUGGCACUGCAACCACCGUUGCCACAUCCACAUCCACAUCCACAUCCAAUCUUCCAGCGGUGGCCUCAAUCUAAGCACACACUCCUCCAAUGUGGUCAGUUCACCUCAUCCCAAGCAGCAGCAGCAACAGUUGCCGCUGCAGCAGCAACAAUUGCCGCUGGCAACGCCGCUGCACAAUGGCAAUGGCAUUGGCAAUGUAAAACCACAUCUGGGCAGUGAAUUUGAGCUAUCCACGGAUACGGAUGACGAUAGUCUGAAUGGCGAGCCGGACAGCAGCGCCAUGUUGCCGCCGUGGGAGUUGGCGGUGGAGGCGUUACGGGACACACGGCCCAAGGAUCGGGAGCGUGUGCUGCAACUGCUGCAGCGUCUGUUGCAGGAGAAUCAACAGUAUCGUUUUAACAAUGUGCAGCUCAGCGAUCUCUUCCAGAAGCAGGAGGCGCACAUUGCCGAGCUGCGGGAUCAGCUGCAGCGCUGUCGACGUCAACUGGAGGCGUUGGACAAACUGCGAGAGUUGCCAUUAAAGCAAACGCAAACAUUGUUGCCGGAUAGCAAUGAGACGCUAACGCAGGAUCAGGCCAACAACAAUAAUCACAACAACCACAACAACAAUAACAAUUGCGAGUCAAUGCUGAAGACGCAGGCAAAUGGUGUAAGACGCAGUCCCACGCCUCUCAAGGAUGAGGACGAGCAGGAACACGAGGAGGAGGAGGAGGAGGAGGCACAACAGCCAGCCAGCAAGCGUUUAAAGCUGCAGGAGAAAGAGGAGCAGGAGGAGGAGAACAGCAGUGACAGCAGCAAGGACAAGUCUGAGCAACAACAACAGAAUGGACACGCCAAGUGCCCAAGUUCAAGUCCAAGUCACAGCGAUGAGGAAGAGGAGCAGGAUGAAGAGGAGGAGGAACUGGAUGAUGAGCUGGACAUGAGAACGGCGCAGGCGCCGCACAGCAGCGCAUUGGCAACGCCGCCCACCGCGACCACGCCCAUUUCACCAGAUUCGGCAGCAACAGCUGGACAAUUUGACCCGGCUCUAGCUGGACUUCCACAACUUAUUGAGGACCUUCAACGCUUGUGCGAAGAUCAGGACAGCGCCGAUGUAGUAUUCAUAUGUGGCCGAGAUGAUGAGAAAAUCUACGCACACCGAAGCAUCCUGAUGGCGCGUUGCAAGAGCUUUAAGACCGCUAAACGUGGCGAAGUCUGUCGGAUUCCCAUUCCCGGCUGCACAGUUUCACCGGCUGCACCUGGAUCUGGGACACCUACUGCAAUUCGCUUGCCACAUAUUAAUGCUGAAUUGUUUCGACAGUUUAUUCUAUAUGUCUAUACUGCAAAGCUUAUGCUGCAAGAUUACCGCGUUUUCGAGAUGUUAACAUUGGCUCAAGAUAUGGGCGUGUUUGAAUUACGCGCCGCUUGUGAAGAUCACGUCAUAUCCACAUUGUCUGUAGAUAAUGCUUGCACAUUUUUGACUGCUGUCAUGGAUAUCCAUGAGAAAGCUGGUGCCAAAUGUGCUGCUUCAUUUAUGGAACGAUGCAUCAUCUAUAUUGGAGAGAAUGCGGGGGAGUGUGUUAAGACCAAUUCAUUCCUCACGCUCACGAAGGAGGCGCUCAUCAAAAUCAUUUCAUCGGAUUAUUUCUGUUUGGAGGAGGAAGAAGUCUGGCGCUGCGUGUUGGCCUGGGCCAAGUACCAGGCGGGUGUCACACAACCCACAGCCCAUUGGACGGAGGAGGAACGCGCACGGGUCUGCCAGCACUUGAGCGGAGUAAUGGGACAUGUACGCUUGCUGCUCAUCGAUAGCCAGGUGUUUGCUGAAGAAGUGGAACCUACGGGUGCUGUGCCCAUGGAACUUUCCCUGGAACGUUAUCGAUACGCCGCUUUGCAUCCCAAUAAGCUGGUGGACAACGACAAGCGCCUGCAGCCACGCCUCACGGUUAACAUGUUCCCAGGCUCGCAAAUCCUGCGCAACGACAAGCUGGCAUUGCAGAGCAUUCUCAAUGGAUGGUAUGGAGUGCCGAAGCAGAGCUGGCGCUUAGUCUUUCGAGCCUCUACUCAUGGCUAUGGCUCCAGCUCCUUUCAUCGCUAUUGCGAUGGAGUUGCACCCUGCAUGAUCAUUGGCUUGGGAGCGCAUGGCGAGAUCAGCGGCGGCUUCACUGAUGUGUCCUGGGCAAAGACCAGUCGCAAGGGCGGCUAUUUACACUCGGAGCGCGCCUUUCUAUUCAUGCUGAAUCCACCAAAUGGCGAGCAACCGGUCAAAUUUGAUAUUGUUAAGAAACCUUACGCGAUUUGUUAUCAUCCAGAUUGCGGUCCCAUAUUUGGCGCCGGUGCAGAUUUGCUUAUAUCCAGCAACUGUAAUGUGAAUACGGACUCUUAUUCAAACUUGCCACACUCCUACGAUGGUCCAAGUGCCGCACAUCUCACACUUUUUGGCGAUUACAACUUUGCGAUCAGCGAUUACGAGGUUUACACUCUGGCAGCCACCCACAGCCACAGUCAAAACCAAAGCGGAACUGGGAAUGGUCAACCACCAGGUGUGCCGAGCAAGACAAAGUAUGAUAGAUACUAAGAUACCCAUUAAAGUCUUAAGAUAGAAUAUAGAUGUAUGUAGACUCUACGCCAGCUCAACUCACAGCUGGCAAUUAAAUUCACUUCCUUAAUAACAACGCACAUUGUAA